AUGGGUGAUAUUGAAGGAUCCCCAGGGAGUUCUAUGCAUGGAGUUACAGGCAGAGAGCCUGUUUUGGCUUUCUCAGUUGCAUCUCCAAUGGUGCCAACUGAUACAACAGCCAAAUUUGAUCUUCCUGUUGAUUCUGAGCAUAAGGCUAAAAAAUUCAAGCUCUUUUCAUUUGCCAAUCCUCAUAUGAGGACUUUCCAUUUGUCCUGGAUUUCCUUCUUCACUUGCUUUGUUUCCACUUUUGCUGCAGCCCCUCUUGUUCCUAUUAUCAGAGAUAACCUGAACCUUACGAAAUCUGAUAUUGGAAACGCCGGUGUUGCUUCUGUUUCGGGCAGUAUUUUCUCUAGGCUCGCCAUGGGAGCCGUCUGCGACUUGCUAGGGCCAAGAUAUGGCUGUGCAUUUCUGAUCAUGUUGUCUGCUCCGACCGUCUUUUGCAUGUCAUUUGUUGCUGAUGCGAGUGGAUACAUCGCGGUUCGGUUCAUGAUUGGAUUCUCUCUCGCAACAUUUGUGUCAUGCCAAUACUGGAUGAGCACAAUGUUCAAUAGUAAAAUCAUUGGUCUCGCUAAUGGAACUGCUGCUGGUUGGGGUAAUAUGGGAGGAGGAGCUACUCAGCUGAUAAUGCCGUUGCUAUACGAUUUGAUUCGCAAGACGGGUUCAACUCCGUUUACUGCCUGGAGGAUUGCGUUCUUCAUCCCUGGAUGGAUGCAUGUAAUCAUGGGUAUUUUGGUGCUUACUUUAGGCCAGGAUUUGCCUGAUGGGAAUCUUGGGGAGCUUCAGAAAAAGGGUGAUGUUGCCAAAGACAAUUUUGGCAAGGUACUAUGGUAUGCAGUUACAAACUACAGAACAUGGAUAUUUGUGCUCUUGUAUGGAUACUCCAUGGGAGUUGAACUAUCCACAGACAAUGUUGUUGCUGAAUACUUCUAUGAUAGGUUUGAUCUAAAGCUUCACACAGCUGGAACAAUUGCAGCAACUUUUGGUAUGGCUAAUCUUAUAGCUCGACCCUUUGGUGGAUUCGCCUCCGAUUUCACUGCCAGGAAGUUUGGAAUGAGAGGAAGGCUAUGGACACUUUGGAUUUUGCAAACACUAGGAGGACUUUUCUGCUUUUUGCUAGGAAGAGCAAAUUCACUCCCACUUGCCAUCACAUGGAUGAUCAUUUUCUCCAUUGGAGCUCAGGCUGCCUGCGGCGCGACUUUCGGGAUCAUCCCUUUCAUUUCCAGGAGAUCAUUGGGUAUAAUUUCCGGAAUGACCGGAGCUGGUGGCAAUUUCGGAUCCGGGUUAACCCAACUCAUUUUCUUCUCAACCACACAGUUCACCACAGCUCAAGGGUUGUCAUACAUGGGAAUAAUGAUCAUGUGUUGUACACUUCCGGUGACAUUAGUCCAUUUUCCUCAAUGGGGAAGCAUGUUUUUACCGCCGUCAAAAGAUAUUGUUAAAGGAACCGAAGAACAUUAUUACACCAGGGAAUACAAUGAUGAAGAGAAAAAGAAAGGAAUGCAUCUUGGAAGUCUUAAGUUUGCUGAGAACAGCAGGUCUGAGAGGGGAAAAAGAGUUGCUUCUGCUCCAACUCCACCUAAUACUACACCAGAUCAUGUGUGA